CCUCAGGCCCUCCGGCUUCUCGCCAAGCUGGGACACUGUCCACGUCAGCAGCGUCGCCCGUCGCCCCCGGGUGGGCGGAGCCGGCCCGGGACGUACCUGCCGGCCGCGGCUGGUGGCGCCACGCCCUCCCUGUGAUCCGCGGUUAGGUCCCGGGCGACUUUGCCCUUAACCGACAUGGCGGCCUAACGCCUUCAUGCUAGGCCACUGCGGCUGCUCAGUAAACACGCGCUUGAGCAAUCGGGGACUCUAGCCCGCCUCUGCUGCGUAGGUGCCCGGUGAAGCCCUGCGCUUGGGUUUCUUGUUCCGCCUGUGCGGCUAGGGGUGUAUUUCUGGAGGGAAAAGAGCAGGCCGAAGAAGAGGACCCAGGGCCGUGCCGCGGCGUGCCAGUCCCUCAGCUUCUGACACUAGGGUUGCUCGAUCCCCUAAGUGUUUUUCCUUGUCUCUCUCACCUUGUGGUCCCUGGCCCAACAUGAUCUUGACUAAAGCCCAAUACGACGAGAUAGCCCAGUGCCUAGUGUCCGUACCGCCCACCAGGCAGAGCCUGAGGAAGCUGAAGCAGAGGUUCCCCAGUCAAUCGCAGGCCACUCUGCUGAGCAUCUUCUCCCAGGAGUACCAGAAGCAUAUUAAAAGAACACAUGCCAAACAUCAUACUUCGGAAGCAAUUGAAAGUUAUUACCAGAGGUAUCUGAAUGGAGUGCUGAAAAAUGGAGCUGCCCCAGUGCUCCUGGAGUUGGCCAAUGAGGUGGACUAUGCACCCUCGUUAAUGGCCCGAAUUAUAUUGGAGAGGUUUCUCCAAGAACAUGAGGAAACUCCACCCUCAAAGUCUAUUAUAAACAGUAUGCUACGGGACCCUUCUCAGAUUCCAGAUGGAGUUCUAGCAAAUCAGGUCUAUCAGUGCAUUGUGAACGACUGUUGUUAUGGACCACUGGUGGACUGCAUCAAACAUGCCAUUGGUCACGAGCAUGAAGUCUUACUGAGAGAUUUGCUUCUAGAGAAAAAUCUGUCUUUCCUAGACGAAGAUCAGCUCCGUGCAAAGGGUUAUGACAAAACACCAGACUUUAUUUUACAAGUACCAGUCGCUGUAGAAGGGCACAUAAUUCACUGGAUUGAAAGCAAAGCCUCAUUUGGUGAUGAAUGUAGCCACCACGCCUACCUGCAUGACCAGUUCUGGAGCUACUGGAAUAGUUCCAGAACAAUGCUGUUGUCAUUUACAACGCAACUGUUGAAACUUUGGCUUUUUCUAUGAUCGCAGACUUGAGUUUUCACACCACAGCUUUUCUGCCUUCGAACAAGAGGUAAGUCAGAUGGUAACCUUCCUAAGUGCUGUGUUGUCCAGUCACGGACUAGCAGCAAGAAUACAACAAUAAGAGAACACUGGUUCAGAUUGUACGGAUUCAGGCAGCAGCAUCUGUGGACAACAGCAUUGUCCUCGUUGCAGGGCAUUAGGAGUGAUAAGCUGCAAAUUUGGCAUUAUAUUGUUGUUCAGCUCUGCAAAAAGCCAGCAGACCUCGCCUAUGGCAGCUGUGCUAAACUAAGCCUACUUUUUGCCAUGGUAACAAUGAUCAUGACAAAAUGCUGAACGUAAUGGCUUUCUUGAUUUUCUU